UCUCAGCAAAGUUCGUUCUGGCAAGUCAUGAUGAACUUUCGUCCUCACUUCGUGUACGGCGAAGCGCACACAGUUCCGGUUCUCCGCGUGUUUGCCAUCUUCCUGGCCCCCGGAAAGUGUCAUCGGUGCGGCGGAGAGGCAGAUCUGAACUUGAGCUAGUGCGCACGGCACGCCACCGGUUUUUAGGGUCCAUCCGCUUGUCCAGUUUUUUCUCGCCCUUUCGUUGCAGCAACUGACAACCUAGAGUUUUUUCGACAGUCGUUUCGUAGGUAGGAUCACGCGCCACGACGGUAGGAGGCGGGCGGCUUCCGUGGACGAGGCCACUGGAGACUGCAUGCGCCGUUACCGCCCGCGUGUCCUUGGUUGUCUUUCUCGGAAAUCAUGACUAAACGCGGGGAAUUUCCCUUUUUUUCCAAAGAACCGGCUCAGAGAUGCUCUGUUCCAACCGGUUGCACCAUCCGCUGCGUCGGGGAGCAGAGGCCUUAAGACGAUGCACGUGUUCCUCUCAGCCCGCUCCGUUGUCCGUCGCAGCGAGACCAGGGAAGGCGGCGCGCUACUUUCGGAGCUUGAUUGUCCGGCGUCUCUCUUGUCGCGUAGUGUUUUUGCUUUUCAGGCAGGUCGGAGAAACACGGCGCAGCCUUUGGCCGCGCUAGAUCGUGGGGUCGAAACCUCACCUACUUCGCUUCCACGGCUGCUCAGCGCCACCGUAUAGACACCCCCUGCCUCGACCUUGCCGUGCAAGUUUCCGCCCCCAUACACGGCUUUUUUCUGCGGCCGCGUUCACCUUAACUCCAUUGGUGUUCCAUCUUUGCUUACCGUUGAAGCUGACGACGGCGUUUUCCCCGCGUGCGGCCCUCAGCCUUACACCGGCUCUUCCCCUCCAUUCUUCACCCGCCUUUACUUGCUUCACCCGCUUUCACCCUACAUGCUUCACCUUCCCCUUCUUUACCAGACCUCCCCGCGACCCGCCUCUGCAGCAUGCGGCGGGGCAGGGGGCAACAGGCCCGUCAAGGGCCAGCUUCCCAGCCCCAAGGCCCGUCCGGUGGUGGCCAGGGCCGCUCGACGCACUUCGUUUUGAAAGAGGUGAAGACUUCAGGAGCGGACUCUCCCGCUGGUGGAGAGGGUGGCACCUGGGCCUCGUUCGCGGGCUUCCUCACCUUUUCCUUCUGGCAGUUCCUCUCGGGACUUUUUCGUCUCUCGCGGCUCUGGCCUCGCACCUCCGGCCCCACGAGCUUGGGACCAAAGGGCGAUGGCGGCGCUUUCGGCUUCGACGAGCCUCAGGCGUCGGCAGCGGAAUCUGACAAGUCGCGCGGCGGCAAACUUCUGGGGGUGUUUUUGGGAAGGCUCUGGGAGUGCCUAGCCGGAGUGUACAGCUGUGCGGCAGCUGCCGUCGGUUUUGCCAGUCUGUGUCUCCUCACGCUCUGGCGCCUGCUUUGUCUCCAGUUCUGUCCUCGACGUCGAGACUACCUGCUGCAUGCGCAGGGCAUUGCGGCAAUCGGGAAGCUGGCAGUCGCCAGGGAGCAGGACGAGAACUGGACUCUGAGCGUCGGGUCUGCAGGCACAGAGGGCGCCUGUGAGUAUAUGAGUUACCUUAUCAAUUCCACGUUCUUUCCCGUACUUCCUGACUUCGCAUCCACCGGCGCAUGCGCCACGGUCUCGCCUUUCUCCUCCUCUGCGGCCGCGGGCCUCUGGGCAAGUCUAGCUUCUCUCUGGCCUGACUUCGACGACGACUACGCGCUCUCUUCCCUGACGCGGCUCACUGCCGCUCUGACUGUCUGGAUUCAAUCGUGUCGCCAACUCGGCACAGUCCUGGACUUGUCUCCAGACUUCACUGGGGCCGAGCAGAGCUUCUUCGGGGCCGAGAGAAACCUCGCGGCGCGGGCCGUCGACCAGUUCCCGGAAAAAAACAAGUCCGAAGCCCGCUGCUGUCGCAGGCGGGCGUCGCGGGCGUCUCGCGCGUUUGCCUGGUUCUCCCGCUCGCAGAAGCCCGCAGGCGACCUGCGAGAAGGCACCGCAGGUCUCUUUCCCUAUCUCCUCUGGUGGCGGUGGUGGCCUGCGGCAGCUGUGGCCGCGAUUCCGCGCCGCACGGACCGGAGACAAGCUGACUUUUACUCGGCGCCCUGCUACUUUCCCGGAGUGGGGCGCUGCGUCGCCCCUGGAACAGGCCCCACAAGGUCCAGCCUCGAGGACUACUGGCAGUACGCGCGCUGGAUGAAUGCCGCGGAGAAGGCGGGCUUCGUCGUGAGCAGCUGCGACGACCCUUCCUGUGCCGCAGUGGUUCACGACGCGCCGCUCCUGCAGUUGAUGCAGCAGAGUCCACACCAACGCCCGGUCUUUGCCCCUCUGCUCUUCACUCCUGAACUCUUCCCUGCCGUCUUCGGCGGGUGGCUCUUCCCCGUCACGGGGAACCCUUCCUUCGCAGCGCUCCCCUUCUUCCAGACGCUCUGGUGGCCCGCCGCGGUCGCGGCUGCAGGCGGCGGCGCGGGAUCUGUCUGGCGCGUAGGGGUCCCUGGCGCCGCUGGGACCGGCUGGGGGGGCUCCAGCGGCGGCAAAGCCGCGUGCAGCUGCGCAAGGGAAAGGCAGUUUUGCGCGUCGGAAUGUGCGGAGAAAUUGGGCGAGGAGUUUGGGCCUGGAGAGAUGAGUAGAAGGCGGCAGACACGCCCGUCGAGCUGUCUGGAGGACACUCUCGGUUUCCUUCCCGGCGGCGUCCCCCCCGUUUUCCUAGUCAACGAUCGAUGUGUAGAUUCACAUCAGAGCGCUAGCGGCGGAAACGGGUCUUUCGCGACAGGCGCGACUGGAAACCCAGGGCGUCAACGGUGUUCAGGCAGCCGGACGAGUGGAAAGGGGACGCCAGGAGGCCCAGCGCCCCGCCAGCUCGCGCGGGCGUCUGGGCUGCAGCCGCCUCAGCCGCUCCACUCCUCUAGCGAUCAAAAAGAAGCGGCGGAGAAGUCCGGAAUCUUACAGUGGCUCCUGCAGCUCUGGACGGGAAAAUGGCUUUUCGCCGACGCCUGCCGAUUCUGCUCGCUGAACCUGCGCGUGGACCUGAGGCCGCCACCCAUGAGUUUUUUUCUUCCUCUGAGUCUUGUCAAGGUUGGAACAUCCGAAGCAGAUUCAGAGAGGCCGGGCAACCCUGGCAGCCUCACUGGGUCACGCGAAGGGACCUGCAGGACGGUUAGGUCGCAUGCAGGUUCCUCGGCCGGCUUCUCAGGCGCGGUUCCAGGCGCUUCUGUAUGCGCAUGCAGCCAAGACAGGCACUGUUUCUUCUACUACGCGAACGCGAUGCAGAGAUGCACAUGCGACCUUCUGCUGCCGCGGAGGAGAGACAACAGCCCGCCUCUCGGCCACGACGGAUUGUUCAUCCCGGUCUGCACGGUUCGGUCGGGUCCCCAGGCGGGGCUCCUUGGGGCGCGGGGCGGGAAGCAGGGGGGCCGCGGCGUGGUGUCUGGAGCCCAGACCUGGGCGCCUUCGGCAGCGGAGGCCGCCGCAAAAUUCGCCCAGAACCAGAGACAGCGGCUCGCGCAUUUGCCAGUUCAUCUGCAUGCGGCGCACUGCAUUCUGGGCCUCACAGGGGUCCCGUCGACCGCCGCCGCGGUCGACGAAGCCUACUGCCGGCAGCUGGUGAUGGUGGGGGAUCCGCUUGCGAGCGGCGGGGCGCGCGAGGGACCUGGGGGCCGGUUCCGCAGGGAAAAGAAGAACGACGAAGAGAAUGUUUUACUGCGAAGCGAGGACGAGGAAAAUCCGCGUGUCUCUGGCUUGUUGGGGGGCUCCUUUGCGGGUCUGGGUGCGAGCAGUUGGCGAAGAGAGUACGUUUUCCGCAAGAGCGAGGAGGUUCGCGAAGAGGGCGGAAGCCACCUGGGACCCUAUCGCCCGCGAGUAGAGGACUUCUGUGACCUCUUGGGAGUCCUCCACCGCGCGCGGACUGCCGUCCACCUCUUCCUCGCUCUCAGUGCCGCGAAAGACAGGCUCCCGUCCUCCCAAAGCAUCUCCCCUCAGGCAGACACGGGGAUCGAACGGGAAGCCCGUCACCCGCCAGCUGAGCAAAACGGGCAGAACGGGACAUCCCUCCCUAGCGAAGAGACGGUUCGAUCCAAGGAAGGUCCCACUUCCCCUGGAGGCUCCGAGGACGCCCCGUCGACGCUGCGUGCAACAGGCGCGUUCAGCGACCUGUGGUCUUCUCGCUUGUUCGUCCCCGGUCCUUCGGCGGCGUCCUUCGCUGCCCGGCCAUCCCGGAGCGCUGCGGCCUCUGAGGUUCCCGCCGCAGAUCGUGGAGCCGAAAAGAACGCGCUCCGCUUCUCUCUGCCGCCAGCCUCCGACGUUGCCAGCGACACAGGCGCCGGCGGACGCGGGUCCAGUGCGGGUUCAGGGAGCGCCGUGACUUCGGCCUAUCUUCGGAGAAGGCGCGAAGACGCUCAGCAACUCAUUCAGGCCUUCGUCGUGGCUGCGUGCCUCGCACGUCUGCGACUGCUGGCGGCGGUCCAGCGUUUCGUGACCGCGCGUGAGGGGCCCUGCUCGACGGCCCAGCAGGCCGAGCUACGGCGCCUGCUGGAGGCGAGUGGGGACUGGCUUUGCGGAACCCAGGCGUACUUCAAACGUCAUCUGACAGCCCAAGACCGCGCCUCAGCUGCAGCACCUGACCGGCUGCCGUCGCAUCUGGAAUACGAGCUUUCUCCCCAUCCGGUCGCGGUCGCCGUGCGCGAAAACUUCCCGCUUCUCGUUCGGAUGCUCCUCGCCGACGAAGCUGCUGCUUCGGUCUUCACGAGUUGGCGGGGACGCCACGGAUCGGGUACAGGCGCAUGCGAGGCGGGCGAGGGGACAGAGACGAUGUUCGAACUUUUGACGCAUCCCUGGAUGUUUUCGCGCGGUUACUCCGUUUUGGCCGACUUGGGGAACGGGUCGACUGUUCUGCAUUUCGCUGCGCGGUUUGGAUGCACUGACGUCCUGCAAGUCGUUGCGUGCGAAGUCGCCCCGACGACGUGGUGGAGGUGUGUGAUUCAUCGAAACCAUGCAGGUCACACGCCGUUGGACGUCGCGAUCCUGUGGCAUGGCGUCGAGAGCGAGGUGACGCGAGUUUUCGCGCAUGCGUUUGAACGGGCGAAGGAGGUUCAGGGAUACACGCGUUACUUGAACUGCCGCAACGUCUGCGUCGUCCCCUUUCUCAAGGCUGUUGUCGUGGUGUUGAUUGCGGCCUUCAUUCCGGCUCGCGUACUCCUGCUUCCUUUCUUCUUCUCCCUUUUCGGAGAUGAGCCGGCAGACGAAUCGGCUCUCCGACUAGCGCUCCUGGUCAUCCUCUUUCUGGCCGAGUUCGUCGUGCGACAGGCUGGAUGCGGAGAAAAACUCUUCGCGCUCUACGCUGGCCUCGCGGUGGGCACUGCGUUUUCUCUAGGAGAAGUCAUCUCGGAUCUGACUCACGACGUUCUGGUUGAGGAAAUCUACGGCGAGUCGGCAGUGCGCGUCGCGUUCCUUCUGCUUUUCUUCCACUACGCCGCGACUCCGUCCGCAGUGGCACGAGUCUGCGAGUGCAUCGGAGAGACAGGUCCGACCAUUCUGGGUUUCUUCUGGCGGCCGCUGCGGCGCUGGGGCGUUGCAUGCGGAGUGGGGACGCUCAGUGCGCGUAUUCUGGCCUGGCUCUCCGCGGACAACUCGCGUUUCGCUGAGGAGAAACUCAGAAGUCGAGGCGCUUGCCACCCCGAGCUUCAGUCCGCAAACCGAACCCACAAAGCUACCAGUUCAGCGACCUGUGCCGGCGCGGCGGGGACUCACGGGGAAGGCCGAGGAGGCACUGGAGGAGGCAGUGGAGGAGCCCCCACAGAGGAAGGCGAGGGGGGAAUCGGGAGGCUGGCGCGGCUGCGGCGCCGCUGCGUUUGCUUCCUCGCGGGCGUUGCCGGUGUCCUCAAGUCAGGGUGGGCAGCUCUGCAUCACUCGUGCGACUUCCGGUUCUUGCUGCGCGUGGUCGGACUGUCUUUUCUCCUGAUGAGUCUGACUUCUUCCAUGAUCUCUGGCUGGUGGCUGGUGACGGACGACUUCACCUACGCGAUCUUCGCCUUGAGCGGCGCGGACAGGAACCACGGUAGCCACGCAGACGAGGCUUUGCGCGCAGUGCGUACCGCAGGCAGGCCUCGCCGCGCGGUCUGCCCUCAGGGCCUGUCCCCGAACCCAACCGCCGAAUCGGCUGUUGCGUCGAGAAAUGCAGGAGCCCCUCGGCCCGCUGCUGGGGCUUCUGAGGCGGCGAGUCGAUACCCAGACGAGCGCAGGGAGUUUGGGACCUCUGAGGAGGACCCGAGGCUGUUUGAAGAGUUCUUGGAUCUCGAGGAAGGCGGCGAGUUCGACUUCAUGCCGCCGCCUUCCUUCGAGCUCUGCCACGCGUCCUUGUCGUCGUCUUCGCUGCUUCUCUCGCUGCAGGACGUUGCCGGCGAAUCAUUCAAACAGGCCCCGGGCGCGAACGGGGCGGCGAAUCUCCUUUCGUUCCUGGAUCGCUAUCCCUUCGUACCGGAGAAUACCUUCGUGGCUGAAGCGGUCCACGAGCAAGGCGUCGAGGACGAAACAUACGGGGAAGUGUGUAGACGGUGGAAAGCCGAGCAGCAGCAGGAGUUUGAGGCGGGUGCGCAGGCGCCGCGAACGUCAGAGAGUGAAGCGGGGGGAGAAGGCGGGAAGUUCGCGGGCACUGGUUUCUCUGUUGAGGGUGAGAGACGUGAUGUGGGCUCCGACAGUCACGGAAAUCCGAGUUCAAGACGAGACCAGGAAGGCGCCGAGAACCGACAAGGCCCCUGUCGAAAGCUCUCUCAGUUUCAGGAACAGCUGUUGGGCUUCUCGCGGCAGGCUGCAGGCCCAGAGAUCACCAGAGGCGCGCCCGGAGAAACGACUGCGUCGCCUCUGGAAGACGGCGUCUGCGUGGCCAGAACGCCGGGGCCGAAAGAAAAGGAGACACUUGGGGCGAGGGAGCCAGACGCUGCGGGGCCUCACGCGACGCGAACGCGAAGAGCGCGCCAACGCGUCUGCGCAGGGGGGCGCUGCAGCGCUCAUCGCGUUUUGCCCACGGCGAGUGUCCAGGGCAGCAUGCGGGAAAAGCUCGAGGAAGAACAAGCAGAUGAGCUCUGCCGAUGGCACCUGGAGACAGAGGUCGAGGUCGAGGCUGGACACCCCGCCGGGUCGGAACGCAGUCCGCUGUCUCUGCAGCUCAUGAGUCACUGCGUGAAGCGGUUGGAAAACAAACUCCGGAAACAGAUAGGGCUUCCCGCCGUGGACGACGAGAGUUUCUACCACGCGUUCCGUAGUCGCUUGGCUGUGCGUCUGCUUCAGCCCGACGCUUUGGAAGCCUCAGAAGAAGAGUUCGCGCGCAGCGUCCUGCCCUUUGUCUGUCUGGGAUGCACGGAGUUCGACGAUGUCACAGGAGCCUGUCUAGCGCGGGACAUGGAGAAACGUCGGCGGCGUCAGAGACAGGCGAUGCGAUGCCUCCACCGUGUGCGGACAUGGCACCUGCAGCACGGCUUGACUGCAGAUCGCCGGCUGAGCGACGAGACGCCGAACUUUGGUGGACCCGGAAGCUCGUCAGAUAAAAGAUUCUACGACAGUUCAGGCCUCCCCUUCCUGAAAGAGACGCUCACGAGAGACCUGCCGCCUACACCCAAGACGAACUUUGGCGUCGUCAGUGGGUACAACUACUACCAGCUGUACCGUCCCCACCCCGAGGGGUCCGCGGGCCUCGCUGGGGAGCGGGGCCGGAGCGAAGAGGCCCUCAGGCUCCUGCACCGGCAGAAGAAGGCCACGGCGCUGCUGUCUCCGCCGCGCUGGUCGAUGGGCCUCCGGCGCUUCUCCGGCGCGGCGUUCGCCGGCGACAAAGGCGCGGGCUCCACGGGCGGGCCGGUAACAGCGGCGCUGGACGCUGCCGCGACCGUCGGGGCAAUGGUCGCCGCGCUGUGCUCCUUUUUGGACGUCGACGACGCAGAAAUGCCCGCCGAAGAGUCCCGACCGUGUCCGAACUGCGCCGAACAGAUUGUGCGAGUCCAGCAAAUUCGAGAAGGUCUCCGCUGCUACCGCCAGCUCGUCCUGCAGAUCCUAGAGAAACAACGGAGACCCGGUUCCGGCCCGGGGAAAGGCGAGGGCGCGGGAAAGAGUGGAGGCGAGGUUUGGAGCUGGGUCAGGGAGCUCAAGCGCGAGGGUGUCGGCGAGCGCGAAGAGACAAGGCCGCUCGAGCCGGACUCGGAGGAGCUUCUUCUCAGCCUUUUAGCGAUGCAGAGAAGCGGCUUGUUGACGGGCGCGAAGAAGCUCCUGCGAGACGGUGUGGUCACUUCGCCGCGCAGAAAGCCGUUCUCCAGUCCUGAUGCUAACGAACCGUUUCGGCGGGACCCAGCGCCCGAAGACCGGCCCGCGCACCCUGCGGCUCCAGGCCCCCAGGCGCGAGCCUCGAGCCCCCAGAGGCCCAGCGCGUCUGAGCGGGGCAGGGAGCGGAGCAGGGGACGGAGCCGCGGGAGCGGCGAAGGAGAUACAUUUGCGUACCCAGAUCGUCCAGCGUCUGCAAACGGGAAGAAGGAGGCUCGUCGACUCAGCUGGUUCCUCGUCUUCGCUGGCCUCGCGGUCGCAGCGGUGGGGUCGACACUCGCCUGGCUCCUGUAUCAGUGCUGGGUGGAGCGCUGCGCAGAGUGGUAUUCGCGGCAACUCGAGCAAGAAGAAGACGGACUGCGCGCAAGUCCGCCAGACGCAAAAAGGGGAAAUUUGCUGCAGCGUUCCGCCGCCGCAGCUGGAAAAGGAAGCAGCGGGAGGGGCAGAAAGGCCGGUGGCGCGAGCGGAGGCGCCCGACCCGAGGGCGGCGCGGGCCAGGCUCCGACGAAGAAGGCCUCGAAGAACGGAAAAGGAACGCCUGUCUCCGGAACGGUCCCGGGGCGGCUCGGAGCCGAGACCAGAAGCGAUGCGGCCGAGCCGGCGACGGCGGGGGAGAAACGGCGGGAAAACGAGGGAGAAAACGAGAAAGAACACAAAAAAGAAAACAAGAGAGAAAACGAGGGAGAAGACAUGGAAAAACACUCCUCGGGACCGACUCCGCUUCCCAUGCAAACCGACCUGGCAAACGGCGGACUCGGACAGCAGGCGGCGGAUAGGGAAAGCGAGACGAAGCUGGAGAGAGAGGCGUUGAAGAGAGAAGGCGAUGCAUACCGGGGACCUGGUGUGGGGCAGCGUGUAGGAAACUCGAGGUCUCGGGACUCUGAGGAAGCCCGCGCCCUCACGGUUCCGUCGGGAGCCUCCAGCCGGGAAGGAACGGAGUCGGGUGAAACUGGAGACGUCAGUUUCGAGGCCGCUCCCGCUGGAACCGAGAGCAAGGAGGUGCAUGCAGCUUCUUAUGCAGCGUCGUCGCAGGCAGUUCCUUCGCGUGCAGUUCCGUUUGCUGCAGUGUCGUCGGAUGGACGGGGUGGCGCGCGACGAAAGCGGAAAUCGGAUGGAGUCACAGGAGGCGAUGCGGUUGAACGGCGCGAAAGCAGGGAGCUGUCUUCUUCUGCAGCGACAAAGGAAGACUGUGGAUUCGUGGCGGAGGCGGCAGCGCAGAAAAUCUCCGAGAAGAAGGCGAAAGCGUUGGAGAGCAGCGGUGUAGCGUUUUUAUGCGCCGCGAGUGCAUGCGCUCCGGAUGCAUGUGCGGCGAAGACUGGAGGAAGUGGGUCGAGCAAAGCAGGGCCUCAGCGCCCGGAGGGGCCUCGACCUCCACCAGCGAGUUCACAGACUGCGAGCGCGGGGGUCUCUGGGGCGUCAACGCGGCCCGGCGGGCCUCGCAAAAAGGAAGCUGCUCCAGGAGCGGCCUGUUCUACGGCGGUACGGAAGAAACCUUCACUCAGCACCGAAGGCAAGAAAACGCAUGUAGCGGCGAUCGAGGGAGCACGAUCUGGUCAGGCGACGGCGGAGAAGGCCAGGCAGCGAACAGGAGAAGCGGAGGGUGGGUGCAAAGCCGAGACCUUGAAGGAAACGUUGGUCGCCUCCGAAGAGGAGACAGUUCCGGUGGCUGGAGCGCCCCAGUCGGUGUGGGCCGCGGGCCAGGCGGGAUUCGGCGGUGUAGGACGCUGCGGCUCAGCGGACUUGCCCAACACUGCGGCGGCCACUGCGGCAGAGACGGAGCAGGUUUGUCAGCUGCAGAAGCUGCUGGCGGCUCUGCAUGCGCUGAACGCUUCCUAUGACUUGAGCCGGUGCCAGCUCCCAGACUGGGCCGUGGAUUGUCUCGACGAAGCGCAGGCUGUAAAACUCCGGGAGCGACACGGCUGGAAAGUCGUGAAGCAAGGCGACGGCGCCCAGGAACAACAGGUCUUCCUCGUCCCUGAGAAGGUCGUCCAAAGGUUUCUCCAGACCGAGCAGGCGUCGGGGAGCGCAGUGCAUAGGGGGGCGUCGGCCCCUGAGGCGCCAGAGCCCCAGGGUCAGCUGUCGGGGAGUCUGGGGAAGGACAUGAGUGCAGAGGCGGCAGUUUUUGAGGGUGGGAGAACGGCGGGCAAGGAACGCUCGCGCAUGCAGUGUUUGACGCAUGCAGGUGAAGAGACUUUCGUGGGGAGCGGUGGGGCGGGCAAUGAGCCCGCUGCCUCGCUGCGGAAGAAGAAAGGCCCUGCCGGAAAGGCCAAGGCGGACACAGCUGCGGAGACAGUCGAGACAGCGCAUGCGCAGCAAUCGCCAGGACGAUGGAACAAAGACUUCCGGAAGGCUUUGACGGGAGGUGCAGGCGCCUCGGACACAACUCGAGUGCCGCAGGCCUCGUUCGCGCCUCAGGCCCCGCUCGAGCCGCUGGCGAGGACAGCCGCGAGUCGAAAGGAGAGAACCUGCACUGUUGGGUCAGACGAACGAAGCCCCAAGACCGCCCGUGAAAUCCGCGGGGUCUGUGGCCCUGAAGACCGAGAGGGACCGGCGGUUAGCGGAGAUGCGCUGCAUGCAUGCGAUAGUCACGAGAAGAAGAGUCAGAGAGCGUCGGAGCAGGCCUCGAGCGCAUGCGGGACAGGAAAGAGUCAAACGAACGGUGAAAGGGUCUCAGGAGACGUAGGCGAGGAGAGGCUUUCCAUUCAUGCGCGAGUCAAUGACAGGGAUUCCAGUGACCUGCGACCCGUGAAGGUCGUUGAAGCCGCGCGAGAACAGAGCGGCGUCGACGCGUUCGAAACCGACCCCGAGAAAUCCGAUCCGCUCCCUCUGCACGUUCCCGCCGACUUGAUUGGCGACGACUUCGGGCCUCUCCACACGAGUGUGCUGCAUGCGCUGGGUUCACCGGGCACUGAUGCAGACCUGGGGGCGCCUGUCUCUGAGAGCCACGGUCCCAGGGGGCGCCCAGGGCUGCGGGCCUUCCGGGAAGGCGACCGCGAAGGCCUGGAGCUGGCGCCCGUCGGCUCAGGCUGCAGCCGUGGCUUCGGCGGGGGGCUUCCGGGGACAAGCAGAAAGUCAACUUCAGGCUUGGGAGCCGUCGACGAACAGCAUUUCCCUUCCUCGACUUAUCGAAGUGGCUUAGACAGCGGAGGUGUGGAUCGCAUGUUUCCUUUUGGCUCUGUUUGCGACGACCUAAAGCCGGCUCACGAGCUGCUUGCCGCGGCGCUGCUUCAUCAAUCGCAUGCGAGUGGGUACGGUAGCGAGGGCGGCUGGCUGCCCUUUGCGUCGGCUCCCUCGACUGCGUUCCUCGCGAGCCCGAUGGGCCGCGGAGGACCCUCCGGCUCGGGCGCGGGAUCCGCGGCUCGGUCCGAGAGACAGUUGCUUCGGCAUGCGGAGCACGACUCGACUCUGUCUCGGGGCCCGUCCGACGGCGAGGUGGCCAGCACCGGUCUGCCUGAGUUUGGCAGCAGGGGCUCCACGAGGUCGUUUGUCCACACAACGCCGCCCAGCGUGCGUUCGAGCCUGGACGACUUGACGGCUGUCGACCAGGCCUGGUUGUACUUGGCCGGCGGCGAGGGUCUUGAUGCGGACGCUGCAUGCGGGCCACAGCGCCUCGGACGCGGCGCAGGUCCCUGUGGGGAGCCGCCGGGUCUCGGCGGUUCCGAAAAAAGGAACGCCAGGUGGCUCGACUACUUGGGAGGCGAGGCAGGAGACAAAAGCGCCGUGAUGCCGGGCGCCGCAGCUGCUGCUGCCGCGGCGGUGGGAGGCGGCCGAGAAGAAAUGCUCGCGGCGGUCGAAAGGAGUUUCUCCCAGGAGGCUGGGACCGACCUGCCGAGCACCGGGGCGGACGUCGGGACUCGUCGAACUCCAGCGGACGCCUGGGGCGACUCCUCUGCGCGCGGCCCGCUCCCGGGCUUCGGACCCUCCCCGGUGGCGCCGCGGCUCGACCUGAGUGCAGGCAUGCAUGCAAUCCAAGCCAGAGGAGCACUUUCCAGGCCGAGUCGCCUAGGCAACUCAGAACAAGUUACCGCCAACACAGCCUCUGCGUUCACCGCUUUCUUCUCGGAGCCUCUGGCCGACACGAGCCCCACAGAGGCCCUGAGCGUCGCCGCGCUCCGGCCUUCCCCAGCGACCCUCGCAGACAGAGGCCCGACCGCAGACGCCCGUGCGGCGUCGAGUCUCGAUCUCCUUGCAGCGGAGUUGGAUCCGGUAGCCGUUUUUUUGGCUGAAAUGCGAGGGGGCUCUGCAGAGAGUCACUUCGCACCGGGCGCGGGCGUCGGUCGCGCCUCGCAGGACCUCAGAGGGAAGACGCAGCGCGUGGUAGUGGGCACCCCUGCAGAACUCGAGAAACGAACGCCCACGGUGAAUCGGAGGGAGCGGCCGAGCUCGGGCUUCGGCGAAGACGCCGGAGAGUUCGAGCAAGGCCUUCGGUCCGUUCUAAGCUGGGCGGAGUCCGUGUUGGAGGAUGAGGCGGGAGACACUGGCAGCCACGAAUUCCAAACUGCCAACAGCCAAGAGAGGCAAGAGGCUCGCGCCGACAGAGAACAUGCCGACGAGGAAGAUAAAGUCGGAUCUGCCGCGUCGUCUCCGUCGAAACGGACUGGACCCGCAGAAGAAGCAUUUUCAACUUCUACCCUGCUGCAAGAGCUGGCGCCGGAAUCUCUGGUGUACCCGUUCGCGUCGUCUCAAAGCAGACACGGAAAUAGCGCCAGUUUGGGGUCGUCGUCGAGAGGCGUGGAAGGAAGGUUUUCGAGUGGAACGCGGCCGACGAAAAGUGCAGAAGGCGUUUGUCUGCUCUGUCGCUUGGCGCCGCCCUCGUGUGUCCUCGAGCCCUGUGGGCACCGCGUUUUGUGUGCCUCUUGUGCCUCGAUGCUCUGCUCGGACGCUCUGCCUGACGCCGGAGGCGCCGACAGAGGCCUCGCCCGGAAAGCCGCGGGCGCUGUGUGUAUGCACUGCUUAGAAGAAGUUUCUCAUAUCUGGUUCCAGUAGCAAAGUGGAGAAGAGUCGAAGGAACACAGGAGGCGGGAGUGGUGCGGAGGGGAAGAGAAACUCUACUGGAUAGGGUUGAUAGAAAACAGGAAGGAAGAGUGCGAAGAGAGGGGAGGCUAUGGGUUGACGGAGACGUAAAUGACAAAGAAACAACGCAUAUGUGCGUAAAGUAUUAAACGUAGCCGUUCAGAUGCAAGCAUUACUUCCGUAGCCGUAGACGAAAUGCCUGCACAUUCACGCGGGUCCUAAGAAUUCGUCGCAGACAGCCCUCUGAAGGGCGACUGUCAGCUGGUCAGACAGCCGCUAGAUGGAGUGACUGCAGCGAGAAAGAUAGGAAGCGGCAAACGGUUCCGCUAGAAAAGUAGGAAGAGGCGUCCGAGUUCUGCUAGUUCGUUUAUUCAGAUGGUUCAGGACCACAGGUGUAUGGCAUGCACGUGAUUCGCCUGGAAUGCCCCCUGCGUUUAGCGGACAUAGGGCGGUUUUUCGUUGCGGGGCCGGGCAGAUGAAAAACGAAACUACGAAAAACGAGCGGAAAAGACUGAAGUGUGUCUGGGAAUUGCGUAGGUUACCGCAUCUAUCUAAUGGCCAGAGCAAGGACGCAGAAGGAACCGUUUCUCUGAAUCGUUCCUACCGACCCUUAUGGCGUUGCGCGAGACUGGGUUCGGCGCAAGCGCAUUUUGGCGUGUGUGCAUCCUUGAAAGCAUUUUCUGCCGCGGAAACGCGGAAGUGUUUUAUGAUUGGUGAGAGGAGUGUGUAAAAAUAGUGGCGCAGAAGGAAGGAAAACUGACUCUACUCCGCUUACAUCUUCUAGUUCCAUGCAUGAGAACCGGAAACGUGUUGUGUGUAUCGCCUUCCCUGGAGGAAAUAAAUCAUUCAAGAUUUCGACCCGGC